AAAUGAGAAGCAAGACAGUAAUACACAGCUGGCAUUGCCAACCUAGGUGGAGAGAUCAAUUCUAUCUGCACCUCUAAUAGACAGCUAAGACAUGGUCAGAAGGCAGGUUAACUUCAUGGAUGUGGUGUCUGCAAUGUGGAUACUUUGCAUUUUUGCUCUAAUGUCUACGAAUAUCUGUGAGGCCAUCAAAGGAGUUAAAGCUGGGAAGCAUGGUCUUCGUGAACACCAUAACCACGAAAAUCACCAUAACCACGAUGACCAUCACUGCUACACGGCGGAGGAAGGAGUACCCAGUACUAUGAUCAAUCGCUUUGCCAGCAGGAAGAUGAACUGGAAUAACUAUAUUACAGUAAAACUUGUCUCCAAUAUUGAGAACAGCGAGGGGAGGGAUGGGGGAAAGAGAAGACGCAAGAGAGAACAGGGCCAGGGCUGCCCCAUCAAUGAAUUUGCCGCAAAUCGUGAUGAAGUCAAAGACCGUUCUAUUUCUCCAUGGGAGUACCGAAUUGACACCGAUGAGACCAGAUACCCACAGAAGUUGGCCUUUGCCCACUGCUUGUGUAAAGGAUGUAUUCACACCCAUGGAACAAGAGUGUCCGAAAACCACAGCCUAGUUUCAGUGCCGGUUGAGCAAACCAUGCUGGUCCUGCGCAGGAAGACAUGCGCACACGAUAAAUCGAAGUACACCUUUGAGGUGGAUUACAUAAAUGUUCCCGUGGCCUGUACAUGCGCCAAGCCACGUUACUGACCAUACCACGUAGGGAUUAGAUCGCUCCCAUGGAGUUCUUAUUCCUGGACUUAGAACCCUGUGUCGUGACCAUGUCACACAAAGUUUGUUUGUUAUAAAACAUUUCUAAUUAUAUUUAUAUUAGUUGAGAUGAGGUUUUUAACUAUGUAUUUGCUAUUGGCUAUUCGAUUAUUGGGGAUAUAAUGAAUCUGCUUGGCAGACCUAUUGUGGAAGUUACUUCAGCACCAGAUUUAUAUCGGGUCAAAUAACACUUUUCUUCUGCCAACCAGAUUUUUAGAAUGUGGCGAAUUUCAUUACAUGAGAUUAUUAUUUUAUCUCCAAUACAGUCAAUCUUACCAAAAAAGGGCCCUAAUUUAGGCCGAUUUUUCAUCCUUUCACCAACUGGCUUUCACCUGAAUCUGUUGAGUUUUUAGUUAUGGUUUCAUUUUAGAGAGCUGUGUGCUAAAAUUAAACAGAUUUUAUUUCUAAUUAAAAAAUGCUGGGAAUUUACCUUUUGCUUAAACCAUGCUUGUCCGACCACAAUCCUUGAUGGCAACAGCACUGCUCUGCCUGCUGCCAAACGCGGGGUUAAAACACUACAAAUUAAAAGGUAGAAGCAAGCAACCCCUGUGUUGGGCAAGCCCGAUUUAACCAUUUCAGUGCCGGCAUUGUGCCAUGAUUUAACCCCUUAAG